AUGGGUUUUAGAGAAGGGGUGAGACCAUUUAUUGGCUUAGAUGGUACCUUUUUGAAAGGAAAAACAAAAGGUCAGCUAUUGCUUGCUGUAGCUCUAGAUGCCAAUAAUCAGUCUUAUCCAGUAGCAUGGGCAGUUGUUGAUAAAGAAACCAAAAGGACUUGGACCUGGUUCUUGGAAUUGCUUCAAAUGUUAUUGGAUCUCAAAUAUAGUGAGGGAAUUACCUUUAUGUCAGAUAUGCAGAAGGGAUUAAUUAAGGUAGUCCAGAAUGUUCUACCUGAUUCACACCAUAGAUUUUGUGUGAAGCACAUAGAGGCAAACUGGUGCAAGAGAUGGAGGACAGAUGAGUUCAAGAAGUUGCUAUGGUGGAGUUCCUGGAGCUCUUAUGAGGAAGAUUUCAAAGAUCAGUUGAAGAGUAUUGGGCAACUGAGUAAGGAAGCUACUGAAUCAUUGUUAAAUGCUUGGUGUAGAGCCUAUUUUGAUACUGUGUGCAAGAACCAAAAAGUUGAGAAUAACUUCACUGAGUCAGUGAAUGCAUGGCUGGUUGAAGCAAGGCAAAAGCCAAUCAUUAAAAUGCUUGAGGAGAUAAGGAUAAAGUUGAUGAACCAGUUGAGGGAAAUGGAGGAAGCUGUGAGGUCAUGGGUAAAUGAUUUCAGUCCACAUAGUUUGAAGCUUUACAAUGAAUACUUCAAGAUAGCUAACACUUCUUGCUAUGUGGACAACAAUGGUGACAAUGGCUAUGAAUUCAGGGAAGGGACAGAUAAGCACACUGUAAACAUGGUUUUGAAAAAAUGCACAUGUAGGGGAUGGAAUCUUACUGGAAUCCCAUGCCCACAUGAAAUUAAAUCCCUGCAAUUAAAAAUGUUGGAGCCUAUGAAUGAAAUCAAUUGGUGGUACAACAAAGAAGCAUAUCUACUUACCUACAAGUACAAGUUGCAGCCAGUUAGGGGUGAAAAAUUCUGGAAGGUAGAUCCAUCAUAA